GGACCAAAUCCACAAAAAGUCGGGCUCAUUCUAGAAGAGCUUCAAAUACCUUUCGAUGUCAAAAUCAUCGAGAGUGCAUCCCAGAAUUCCGAUCGACAUGAGCGGAGCAGCGACGAAGGAGCGCCUCCCGUGGAAGACAAGAAUACCGGCAUGAUCAUCCUUGAGGAUACCAAGAAAUACAUUACCCUAUGGGAGUCAUUGGCGAUCGUGGAGUAUCUCAUCCAAACAUAUGACAAGGAACGAAAGCUGCAUUACGCGCCAGACACGCAGAAGUGGUGGAUGUGUCAACAAUGGCUAGCUUAUCAGAUGGGUGCGCAGAGCCCCUUCUUCUCCCUCAAGGCGUGGUUCUCGAAUCAGCACAACGACAAAGUCCCCAGCGUCAUCCAAAGAUUUUCAGACGAUGUCGUUCGGAUUUCCAGCAUCUUGGAGCACUAUUUGAAACGGAACGGCACGGGGUACCUCGUUGGAGAAAAGUGCACCUUUGCUGACCUUGUCUUCGUGCCAUGGAACAACAAGAUCGGCAAGUCUCAGGCCUUGGAAAUUUUCCAGAAGUAUCCGUGCUAUCACAGCUGGCAUCAGCGUCUUGCAAAGAGGCCUGCUGUCCAGCGGAUUUUGCAGAACAAGGAUAUCAGUAUCCAGUGA